AUGUGCAGCUGGAAAACGGCGCUGCAGGUGCUAGAGGACAUAUGCUGCGCCUGCGAGUCGAAACUCAUGCAACAGCUUUCCGGUCGCGCCGGCGGCACACUGUCUGGUGCAGACAUCUCAGCGCUUGGUUUCGAGUGGUUCAAGUCGCUGCGCGACCUACUCCAGUUCGACAAUGAUUCUUCCGCCUUGCUCGAUCAUCCGCACUGGGGUGCUUUCUGGAACUUAUCACGGAGGCCAUACCUCAACAGGGUCUGGAUCGUUCAGGAGAUGAGAUUGGCCAACGAACCCGUCUUUGUAUCGGCCGAUAUCAUCUUCAUGGCCCAGGUUUUACGUGCGCUGGGAACUCGACCACGUUUUGAAGAGCUAUUUUCUGAGGGAAAAAUAUGGGACGUUCAGCUGGAGCGGCUGAAGCGCUCCGCAACGGACAUGCGAGACCACGUCUACGGGGUGCUUCGUAUUUCAAGCCUAAGCCUCAAGUGGAUUACAACAAGUUGGUGA